GACGGUGGUGGCUGGGACCGUUAGCUCGCCAGACUGGCAGCCUCCGGGUUGCUACUGCACUAGCCGCUGAGAUGGAGACGAUGCGAGCGCAGCGGUUGCAGCCUGGAGUGAGCCCCAGCGGGAGGGGCACUCUUCGAGCGCUGCGGCCCGGAGUGACCGGGGCCGCGGCGGCCGCCUCCACACCCCCAGCGGGGCCCCCGCCAGCCCCUCCGCCCCCCGCACCCCCACCGCCGCCGCUGCUCUUGUCGGGGGCCCCAGGGCUGCCCCUACCCCCUGGCGCCGCCGGCAGCCCCGCGGUGCUGCGGGAGGCCGUGGAGGCCGUGGUAAGGAGCUUCGCCAAGCACACACAGGGCUAUGGCCGAGUGAAUGUGGUGGAGGCACUUCAGGAAUUCUGGCAGAUGAAGCAGUCCCGUGGGGCUGACUUGAAGAAUGGGGCUCUAGUGGUUUAUGAGAUGGUUCCCUCCAACAGCCCUCCUUAUGUCUGCUAUGUCACCCUUCCUGGGGGAAGUUGCUUUGGGAGUUUCCAGUUUUGUCCCACAAAAGCUGAGGCCCGGAGGAGUGCUGCAAAGAUUGCGCUAAUGAACUCUGUGUUUAAUGAACAUCCUUCUCGAAGAAUCACUGAUGAAUUCAUUGAGAAGAGUGUCUCUGAGGCCCUAGCAUCUUUCAAUGGCAAUAGGGAGGAAGCUGACAACCCAAAUACAGGGAUUGGUGCCUUCCGAUUCAUGUUGGAAUCCAACAAGGGCAAAUCAAUGUUGGAGUUCCAGGAACUGAUGACAGUUUUUCAACUGCUGCACUGGAAUGGCAGCCUUAAAGCGAUGAGGGAAAGGCAGUGCUCUCGGCAGGAGGUGUUGGCUCAUUAUUCGCACCGGGCCCUGGAUGAUGAUAUUCGCCACCAAAUGGCCUUGGACUGGGUGAGCCGGGAGCAGAGUGUACCUGGGGCAUUGUCUAGAGAGCUGGCCUCCACUGAGCGAGAGCUGGAUGAAGCCCGGCUGGCAGGCAAGGAGCUGCGCUUCCACAAGGAGAAGAAAGAUAUUCUCAUGCUGGCUGCUGGGCAGUUGGGCAAUAUGCAUUCUUCUAACUGCUAGGCAUCCACCUACAUACUCCCCCAUCCUCUCCAGGCCCUUUUUUGUAUGUCUCAUUUCUAAGACUUAGGAUGAUUUCUGUACAUACUUUCUCAGUUUUAUACUUUGAGAAAUAUAUAUAUGUAUAGAUUCUACACCCGGAUUUCUAUUUGCUAAGAGAUCCCUUUUCUCACUUCUAGUUUUUAGGUGUAGUUCCAUUUGAAAUGGCUGUAUUCUAUAAGAAAGAACAGGCUAUCUUUGAAGCUUUGUUGUUAAACUUCUAGAUUAACUCUAUGUAGUCAUUUCUAUAGCACAUGACUGACCAACUGUUCCAUGUCUCCUUCUUAAAAUAACAGCCUGAAUAAGGACUAUGUGCCCCUUUCUCAACCUCAUUCCUGCUUUCUCUUGGACUCAAACAGAGUAUGAGUAUGAAGCCUUUGGCUUUGGUUUAUCUUGAGCUGGACCUGCUUGGUACCCCUCCCCUCCCCACUGCUACAUUACUCCUUCUCUGCUAUUUUGUUUUAAGGCUUCCCUACCGUAUUAUUCAGAAUGAAGUGGAGAUCUGGUUUCUUAUUUUUUAUUAUUAUUAUUUUUUUAAGAUGACUAGUAAGGGGGUCUUAACCCUUGACUUGGUGUUGUCAGCACCACGCUCUCCCAAGUGAGCUAACCGGCCAUCCCUAUAUAGGGAUCCGAACCCAUGGCCUUGGUGUUAUCAGCACCACACUCUCCCAAGUGAGCCACAGGCCGGCCCUAGGUUUCUCAUUUUUAAAUCACUCCUGAGAAACUGCCCAGGAAUAGGAGAGGAAUUAUAAACACAAUUUAUGGGGGUUUACUACCUAAAUUGCUUCUGGGGCAUAUCUAUUUCAUACCAGUAGUCCAGUUUUCUGGAAGUACUCUACAGUAAGAGAGUUAGAAUUGAAACUGAUUAUUUUUCAAUAUUCUCUUUUCACUUCUCUCCUGCUCAUCCAGCUUAAUUAAACCCUAUAUUUAGACCUUCCUGUCUACAGAGAUUGGCAGAAGGUAAAACAUAUUUCCCUCCUCCCCCUCCUGCCAUCAUUUUGCUCUUUGGAAGCACUGUCCUAUUUGGUGAGUGAGGGCUAUGUUCCUCUCACUUCCACUAAGUUGCUGCUAUUUACCAUCUUAAAUGUAUGUACCUUAGAUUCUCAUUUGUUUUCUCUCUUUUCUUUCGUCUUCCUCCACAUUGGGCAUAAGGUGAUCAGGAAAAUUAGAUGAGACUAUGGCACUUUCCAAUGGAACCUUGGGAGAAUGUAGGAGGGAAAAAAGAAUCAAUGAUGAGCUAUUUGUAUUUUUAAUACCAUUCUCCUCCCUCACCUCUCUCCUGGGUGAAAUAAGAGAGAAAUGAUCUGGAGUAUAGCUAAAGCAUUCUCCUUUUGGAGAAUUUUUUGUUGGUCUAAUAUAUUUUUCUCAUGUUUCUGUGAUCUCCUUUAUACUAUAUUACUGCUCAGUGUACUUUCUAAACUGAGCUUGGGAAGUUUAAUGCUCCAGCAAUAGGACUUUUCAUUUAAUGAUUAUACAGAGUUUGCUUUUAGAAAUAAAUUAGGAAACAGGCCACAAUUUGCACUUUUGGGUUAUAGAGGGGCAAGAUGAAAGGCAGCUUUCUUGCUUUUGAAAUCAUCUUAGUGAUCAGUACAUAUAUGGGAUCAGAGGUAGAGAAUCAAGCUACAAUUGUAUUAGUGCUUGAAAGGGGCUUCCUUGAAUUCUCCAAGCUCCAUUUUUGUAUGUCAUGAAGCAAAUCUAAGGCUAGAGAAGAUCCUCCUACAUUAAAUAAUAGGUGCAUCUAUCUGUUUUUAUUGAUAUUUAUAACCCAGAAAUCAUAAAUCCUCCAGUUUCUCUUAUGCUCCUUUCUCUGGGAAUGUUAAGGGGUGUAAGUUGUGGGAAGAAUUGUCCUUGCAACUCCCGGAUUUAUUAUUUCUCUCAAAUACCAACCAGUAAGAUCCAAAAUAACUUGGGAAAAAUUAUUCCCUGAUCCGUCAACUUUUGGUGUCAAAGGUUUUACUUAUCUUUUUAGCACUUUCUAUGUAU